AAAAGUAUUGACCGGAAAUGGUGUGUUCGGAACACAGUGCAUUUUAGGGGCGCGGUGCUGCGGUACUAAUCCUGCAAUCAACUAAAUCACGGAUUCAAGUGUUCGCAGCAAACUUGACCACGAUGAACAGUGCAGCCGUGUACCCGCCUCUCGCCCCCCCCGCCAACAUGCCAGGCUACGAGGGCAUGGGUCAAGGCGCAGGUGGCUUCCUGCCUCCCCCCAUGCCCAUGCAGCCCAUUGCCCCCCCCCAACCGGUGCCUGAGCCCGAAGACUGGAUGAUCCCGUCCUUGUCGGAGGACGCUGCCCGCAAAGUCUUCAAGGACUACGCCGGCUCCAAAUGUUGCUACAGCGAGGGGCCCGCCAAGGAUGGCGUCAUCACCCAGAUGGAGCCCCUGAAUACGUACCGGUACCGCCUGGAGACCUACGUGGAGUCCAGGUCCACCGAGUGGGCCCACAAACCUCACAACGGUGAGGUGGCAGACUUCUACACGCAGACGGCCCCCCAGCCCUGGGAGGUCCAGGCCACACCCCCCAACCUCUUCGCUAAUGGCAAAGAAAAUAUCCGCGUGCCCUACACCUCCACUGUCAAGGACUGCCAUGACUGCAAUGGCACGGGGAGCAAGGCUUGUGAGGAGUGCCGUGGGAGUGGAUAUAAAACGUGCCACCUGUGUAACGGUUCUGGCAGCAACAAUGAGGGCGGCUGUAUUCGCUGUGACUCUACAGGCAAAGACAAGUGCUCCGAGUGCCACGCCCGUGGCACCAAGAAGUGUGAGACAUGCGAGGGGAAGUGCAGACUGCUCACCUUCAUCCAGCUGACAGUGGAGUGGACCAACCAUGUGGAAGAUCACAUGGUGGAGCAGGACUGUGCUCUCACCAAGAAGGACCUGAGCUCAGUCAGCGGGAAGGAGCUCUUUAAGGACAGCCACUACCUGGUGUAUCCACUCCUGGGCUUCCCAAACCCGGCCAUCUGUGAGGCGUCUGAGCGUCUGGUGCGCGAACACCAGAGCAAGUACGGGCAGAACUCCAGGAUCCUGCAGCAAAGGCAGACCGUGGAGUUGAUCCCCAUCACCAGAGUCGGCUACAAGUGGAAAGGCGACUCUCACGUCUACUUCGUGUACGGCAACGAGCAGCUGGUCAGCACCGAUUACCCUGCCACCUGCUGCUGCGUUAUCCUGUAGACGCAGGACGCCAUGCGUCUUCCUUCCCUUCUGCCCCCGAGUGAGCAGGAAGCGAAGCCCUCCACACGAGGAAGUCGUCAAAGUGUCAAACUCGUGGCCAUCUUGAAAUAGCGUGUCGCUUGUAUAAAUUGGUAACCUACCACUUUGGUUCCAUUGUAGUCCAAAGGCACCACUUGCAGUAGGAAGGGGACUCAUACGGCCCCAUUCGGCACGAUUUACCCGACACUUGAAAUGUGACGAAUUGGGGGCUAUUCACACUGUUCACUUUAUCCAGCAGGUGGCAGGAGAGUGUUUAAUAUCUCAAAAUGUGUUGUGUGGCAAUUCCAACUUUGACCGCUGUGUCAGUUGCUAUGUAGAGUGCAUUGCAAAGUGAUUUCUUCCUCUCACGCGAGACCCGCCCAAGAACGGGGCCAUAUGAAUCCCUUCCCUUGUACGGUAUUUUGAAAUGUGUGUCUUUUUCUGUCCGUAAUCGUCCUUUUUGUCUGUCGGCACAAAGACCUCUACCUCUCUAUCUGAGACCACUACACUACUUUCACUUUCACUUAGUAAUACAACAGCCUUAACUUACUACCAAUAUAUGUUUGACUUUGUUUUGGGGCCUUCAAAGGUUUUUAAAGGGUACAUACUAGACACACACGUGUCACAUGUCUGCAUGAAUCGUGUCAAAGGGCAUUUUCACAACAUCUACUCAGGUGUGUUGACAAACUCUAAAUAUGUUCUUUCAGUGAACCACUCAUUACGUUGUUUCAUUUCAAUGUACUGUUUACAAACCUGAUGAUGUAUUUGAUGAAUAACUAAUAAUCAUGCUUUUAAUCCCAUUGUUGAAAAAAAUAAAAGUCCAUAUA